AUGGCCACAGGCAUCAACCUCUACUUUAAGUAUUGUCAUCGGCAGCCGAUUUGGUGCUUUGAAAGGGAUGAAGUUGGCGACUAUAACUCCCUUCCGGAGGAACUCGCCAGCAGCAUCCUGGCGCUGACGUCGCGAUUUUCUGACAAGCGAGACCACAUGCAACUCUACAGCAGCAAUGCGAAAACUUUGAUCAUGCUCCGUAUUGCGAACGGCACGGUGGACAUCACGACUAUCGAGAGCUUGUGUCUUUUGUCUUACGCAUCAUUUAUAGUCUACGCCGCCGAUGACCCAACAACUGACCGCAAAAAGAGGUUAUUCUGGAGUCUGCAAGUGCUGGAGCAAUCCUACGGCCGGCAAGAUGGGCUUUUGAGCCUCCCAAACGACGUGAGACGGCCCACGCUACCAGCAAGCGGAAAUCAGAUGGAGCAGGAACCCUCCAAGGCACCACCACUACCGAGGGACGAGCUUGGCACGUCAACACCAAGCGAACCGGGAAUCUGGAACACGAGCGUCUGCUUGGGAUGGGUUUGGAGCCAGGUCAGAAAGUACGUCUCCGAUUGCGCACACAACAUUCUGAAGGAACCCUGGCGGCACGACUCCACAUACGCCAAGGUGCUCUCGGACUUCAUGGAGACGGAGAACAGGAUCCCCAUGUGCCACCGCUACGACUCGGUCAAGUUUUACGAACGGAAGAUGGAAGAGCUGAAGAUGAACCGGGACUAUUGGGCGCCAUGGCUGAAAGAGCAGUUCACGUACCAUGCGAUACCAACCGUCUUAAACCAUCCCUUCCUCUACAUUGUUGGAGCCCAACACAACCCAAAUUUGGGUAUUCCAAACACAUUCUGGAGGAGGUCAUCGGAGCAGGCACUCCUCCACGCGACCUGGAUCGUUCGGAUGAUAGACAUGGUCGUGGACAAACAGGUGCCGCUGGUGGACCCGUUCUUUGGACACGUUGCAGCGAUUGCGGCUACUGUGCAUCUCUACUACUGCUGCGCCGCGGCGGCGAGACUGAAGCACAAAUCCAACACCGAUUUUGCCAAGUGCAGGCGGUUUCUAAAAAGCUUCAUACCAUGUUCUGCAGCCUGCGGUGCGCUGGAUCGGAACCUAGACAGGAUGACGCGUAUCGCCGCAGGGAGCGAAAACAUGGACGUCGAAGACUGGAUGCCGUCCAAGAUCUACCUCAGCGUCCCGCUGAUGUGGGAGAUCCUGCAGUUCAACUCCACGGCAGACUCGCAGGAGAUCCCCAGCGCUGGUCUUCUGGACGCAUCCCUCACGCCCGCAGUGCCGCCUGUGGACACGAGUGAUAGCUCGACUCUUGAGAUCAUCGUCGCCACCUCACCGGAGAUCACGAUCAACAUCGCAGACGGAGGCCAAGAGGCGCCGACGUCGUCAUACAAGAGGCCGCCGAUAUCAUCGGGGCAGGGCAACUCGACAACCACGACCACAACCACAACAACAGCAGCACCAUCGUCAUCGAGGGGGGCUGUGUUCGACCCGCCGACUGUCGAACAAAUUGAUAGUCUGACAUUUAACACGACGCCUUGGUUGUAUGCGGAUCCAUCGCAGCUGGUAGGCAUCGGGGAUAUGAGCUACCCGCAGUCAGAACCAGGCAACGCAUGGUGGGAAGGUGAGAACUUUAACAAUAUCAUGUUUAAUCAACUCUAG